AUUUAAUAUAAAUGUUUUUGGUUUCACAAAUAAAUAAUGUGUGGUCUUUAUGUAUACAUGAAAAUUCUCCUCCAUUAGUUUCGACCAUAUCAAGUUGCAUUUCUUUAAUUAUUUAGAGGACUUUUAUUAUUUGGUCGUCUGGAGAAAGGGAGAAGUAUGUUUAAGUGUUUCGGUGGUUCUCAGUUUACAAACAGAAUUCUGUAAGCAACGCAAACCGAAAUCGUUCUCGGCCCGCGAUCUUUAAUGUUUGAUGGUGUCAGCAAUGUUCUCUACCCGCUUCGCUUCACAUUAUAUACAUUCAUAUGUAUAUCGCAGCCCUUGUUAGAAUUUCUUUGCCCAGGAGCUUGGUCAGCAUUCUCGGAUCUCGGAUAGCCAUGUGCACAUAAGCCAGACGCAGGCGCAAACCCCGAGUCUCUGCCGAGUUUCCUACUUGGCUCUGUUUUGCCUUUCAGUUGCCGUCGCGGCCUUGCAAGUGUCAGUGUUCAAAGAUGUCGUGACGUGUCUUAGCUUAAAAAUUUUUAAGUGUUUUUCCACAUCGAUAUUUCCAAAUAAUUCAAGUUCAGUACUUCCAAAAUAUGAAAAGCAGGUGCAAGAAAUUAGAGCCGUAAGUACACCCGAUAACCUGCAGGCCGUAAGACUAAACGACAUGCCACACGAUACCACAGCCAGCCAGUAACUAGGCUUUUGUAUACACAUUUCACCUAUAAUAAGGGAAGGAAAGACUGCCCACCGGCAGUUCUUUGCACGACAUGGUCGUGUCCGAAUCAGAAUCCGAGGUUUUGUCCGAUUCUGAGUCUCGACCGAUGAGUGAACACCAGCCGGCAAUCGACGGUGCACUGCAUUCCGCACAAGGACUGAACACUAAAAAGGAGCAUAUUUCUGGUGGAAGUGAGAAUAACGACUUGGUUCCCAAGUUGCUGAAAGAAGAAAAGGAAGCAGACGUGAAAGAACAAAACCAAAACUGCACUGAGCCAAAGAAUCCUGAGAAGAAUGAAACUUCGGGUGAAGAUAUAAACAGACCCCUCGUUCUGGAAGAGCGACAUUCGCUAUCCAUAGCAGAAACCAAGAAGCGUAGGGCGAGCAUCUACUCCAAUGAGCUGCUUUUCAUACCCAAGGAGUUGGCCCGCAGUGAACUUCAGCAGCGAACACGAACCCUGAGCAGAUACACCAACAACCGGGACUAUCACCUACGAAUGCUCAAGUUUCCUGUGGGAUCAGGACGUCCACGAUUCGUGGCAGAGCAGAUGAAGAAAGCUCGAGCUAUUGAUCAAGGAGAAUGUGGCUAUCAAAAAGAGGAGGAAACCAUUGAUGAGGUACAUGAGCAAUUUCAAGAUCCAAGCGAUUCGUCCCAGAACAUGCCCAACUUGGAGGUGGACGAAGCAGUUAAGAACAUACUACCCGACGAUGAGGAAAUCAGCAAUAUAUUGUUUGAUUUGGUGAAGCAGGAAGUCGAAGAAAAAGAGGCGCUGGAGGAAAUGAACCGAAAGAUUCUUCAAAGCCAGCGCCAAAGUGUCAUAAUGGCAAACACCUCAAGACUACAGCACUAUCCCUAUUUGCGGUGGCACAAGCCAGACCAGGUGGCAUGCAAAAUCGAAAUGGAGGCGGAAGUUCCAGAGAGCUACAGUGAGUUUCCACAGAAUGGCAACUUCAUGGAAGUUAGUACUGACUGCAAUCAAAUGACAGAGUAUGUGGAGGAUGUCCAGGAGCAGGAUAUGAAACCCGAGUUGCCAAGUGAACAGAAUAACUCACUGCAAUCCCAGUUUCAGAACACAGCGACAAUCAUUUACUUACCUCAUUGCGAGGCCACGCUUCAAAUGCAGCUUCAACAGCCACCACAAAUUGUGGUGGCUGAAGUACCCGCCGAAAACUCCACUGAAGCAGCACCCAGGUCUCCUGGCCUGGUAGGGCAAUCGACAAACUCGGUGCUUCGGCAGCAACUAAUGCAUCACAUUGUCCAGCCCGCCACAUUUGGCGAGGAAGUACUACAAUCCAGCAGUUGCAACAACAAUGCCGACGAUCGUAUUAACCAAAACCUGAGGCAACCCCAAUUUCCUGAGACAUUUCCCUCCGAAGUAGACCGCCAGUGGAACCCCACAAAUGUUGCUGACCAAGCCUUCCACGAGCAACAGUUGCAUCAGCAUCAGCAUCAGUUGCAGCAGCAGCAAUACCUUUACACGCAGCAGUACCAGCAACAACAACAGCAGCAGCAGCAGCUCAUCCUCUACCAUCAACAACAGUACAAGAUAGAAAACAAGGUACAGGAAAUGAGGUUAAUGUACCAGCGUAUCAAGUGCCGCGAGGAGGAGCAACUGCAUCAUUAUGGCAAAUCCCUCAAGAAAAUCCAAGAUGAGCGACUCGCCUGCGAACGCCGGCAUGCGGAGGAGAAGCGCAUGUUCCUGCUCAAAAUGGACCAAAGUAGGAAGCUGGAGGAGAAGCUGAGAUCAGACAAGGAACAGCUGCUGCGGCAAAUGAGAUCCGAUCUUAAAACCCUGGAGCUAAGAAUGGCCGAUCAGCAGCGGCAGCAGAAGGAAAAGGCCUUGGCCUGGUCCUGGCAGCACCAGCAGAAUCAACAGCAAUUGCAAAUGCAGCGACAACAAUUGAUAACACAACAGGCACAACCCCAACAUCAGCAACCUCUUUUCCUGCAUCAUCAGCAGCACAACCAGAAGGUCGAGGCACCUCACUGCCAAUUUAUUCAAUCUCAAGCACAGCCAAACCAUGAGCCAUUCGCGCAGCACCAACAAAUCGUGAACCAGCAACAUUCAAUGCUGUACGAUCCUUCAGCCUAUGUAUAUUCACCUGCCUACCAGGAAUCGAAUGUGAAUCAACAUCGAUUGCAACCCUAUCACAACCAGUUGCCACAAAAUCCUGCAGAAUCCCACUCUGGAACGGUCAGGCCCUCAGUUGAAAUGUCACGCCCAGUCUUGCUGCCACCACCGCCGUACUGCCCGUCCAGCACCCGGACCCUAAGCGAGAACCCUUUAUCGUCCAGAAAAAUUCGACAUCGCCGCCUUACCACAGACCAUCGCUCGGAGCCAUAUACCGUCCCAGUCAGGGCACCACCUCCACCCAGUGCACCACCCCCAGCCGAGUACUUACAGUUUCCGGGGAACCCACAUAUCCAUCCAACAGCGGAAACCAGCCAUGACCGAGAAAUCACGACUGUUAUGGCCAAUUAUGUUGCAAACUAUAUGAAUAGACGUGCCUAAAGACAAAAAGUAUGUGAAGAAGCAUCUUUGAAAUGUCUGAAUUGCUCAGCUCUUUUGUGAUUUUAGUCUGACGAUUUCAAAAGCAAACUUUUGACGACUUAAAAAUGUUAAUGACAAAUAAAAUUGGUCCCUUGAGGUCUGUUUUU